CCGAGUUAGGUUUCGAAAUGUCUAUGACGACUAAACCUCAUUUCCAAGCAGAGCAAGAUGAAGUAAAACAGGAGGGAAAUAAGUACAUCUUCAGACCACGGGGACUUAACAUUGUAUGGGGCAAUGAUGAACGCUACUGGAAGUUACCUAAGAAGCAAUCUAAGGAUGAACCUACUGAACCUGCGGAGCUGAUACAGGUUUCUUGGUUGGAAAUAACCGGAUCAUAUAGUUUAUCAACUGCAAAAAAAUACGAAAUUAGUUUCGACGUAGAACUGGCACCUGAUGCAUUUGGUUGGAGAGACAUACAAGCUUUCUUGAUGGCCAAGGUAGGGAAAAAGGGUAAGUACACUUGGACCAAAGUUAAAGUAGCAGCGCAGGAUACAAAAGUCGGUAAAUUCAAAAUUCCUGAUGACAACGGCCCGCCAAUGAGAAUUGAAGUUCCGUCCAAUGCUCCGGAUAGCACGGUUUAUUUUGGUCUGUAUGAAGUCUGGAGUGGAAAAUGGAAGGGGGGCUUGAAAAUUCAUCAAGCAUCUGUGAAAGAAGUAUAACUCCGAAUUAACUUAAUUAGUCCACAUACGGUUCACGC